AUGGCGGGCUGGUGGCGGGAGCUCCUGCGCACCGUCCGGCGCUACCCUUGGCCCACGAACGUGCUGCUCUACGCCGCGCUCUUCUCAGCCGGCGACGCGCUGCAGCAGCGGCUGCGGGGCGGCCCUGCUGACUGGCGGCAGACGCGGCACGUGGCCACCGUGGCCGUGGCCUUCCACGCGAAUUUCAACUACGUGUGGCUGCGCCUGCUGGAGCGCGCGCUGCCGGGGCGCGCGCCGCGCGCCGUCCUGGCCAAGGUGCUGUGCGACCAGGCGUUCGGCGGGCCGGUGUACGUCUCUGCCUUCUACUUCGGUAUGAGUAUUCUCCAGGAAAAGGAUGACAUAUUUUUGGACCUGAGACAGAAAUUCUGGAAUACAUAUAAGAGUGGUCUGAUGUACUGGCCUUUUGUACAGCUGACCAACUUCAGCCUCGUUCCUGUUCACUGGAGAACAGCUUACACUGGGCUCUGUGGUUUUCUGUGGGCCACUUUCCUCUGCUUUUCACAACAGGGUGGUAAUGGUACCUUGAAAUCAGCUUUUACUUUCCUUUAUAUAAAGGGAACAGAUGAAGUUGAAAGACCUCCAGAGAAAUGACAAGUCAAGAACUCCCUGAAAUUGCCUAAUUUUUUCCCCUUAAAUGCAGAGGAUUGCCUGCAGAUGAAGUACCCUGCUUACCAGUUAUGUGCUCCAUUUUGAAGAAUUACUGUUCUGUAGACCCGAUUGUUUUGU